AUGGAAGAGAAAUAUAUUGGCCUCCUCCUGGCCGUAUCCUCCUCACUUGCUAUAGGCACAAGUUUUGUUAUCACGAAGAAGGGGCUGAAUGCUACUGCUGAAAAGCAUGGGUUCGACGGAGACGGCUUUUCAUAUCUGCGGAAUCCCACCUGGUGGGCUGGAAUCUUGACAAUGGUUCUGGGCGAGAUAUUCAACUUCGCGGCAUACGCCUUUGCGCCAGCAAUUCUUGUCACUCCGCUCGGCGCACUAUCGGUGCUUAUUGGAGCAAUCCUUGGUACCUACUUUCUAGGUGAGACAUUGGGACUACUAGGAAAGAUCGGCUGCGCCAUAUGUCUUAUCGGAUCGGUUAUCAUCGUUCUACAUGCGCCGCCCGACAGAGAGGUCUCUUCGGUGGACGAGAUAUUGAAUUUCGCGAUCCAGCCCGGCUUCCUUUUUUACUGCGCCUUCGUAGCUGUUUUCUCCGUUCUCAUGAUCUACAAGGUCUCCCCCAAAUAUGGCCGCAAGAACCCGCUCGUCUACCUCUCCAUUUGCUCUACCACCGGCUCUGUCUCGAUCAUGGCUAUCAAGGCUUUCGGGACUGCGUUAAAGAUGACCUUCAAUGGCCAGAACCAGUUUACCCACCCUUCGACCUAUGUCUUCGUCAUUAUGAUUGUUGGAUGCAUACUCACGCAAAUGAACUACUUCAAUAAAGCCCUCAGCCAAUUCUCCACGAACAUCGUGAAUCCACUCUAUUACGUCACGUUCACCACCUGCACACUCAUCGCGUCGUUUCUUCUUUUCCAAGGCUUCAACACAACAUCUGCGGUCAACACGAUUUCCCUCCUUUGCGGGUUCCUGAUCAUCUUUUCCGGUGUCUACCUUCUAAAUCUCUCCCGAGAAGAUCCUGAUGGAAGGAAUGCUCUGGGAAAUCGCUUCUCCGACGCUGUGCCCACAGACGCCAUCUCCGGGUUCCCGACUCGGCGGAGUAUGCAAGCGAGGAGAAGUGCGGAAAACGGAUAUAGGAGUCCAUUUCUGAGUGGAAGCCGGCGAGGCAGCACUAGCGACCGGAGAGCCUUGAUGCAAGACUACGACAUUGAGAACCAGGUCGAACUCGGCGACCUGGCGGAAGACUCGGACGAAGGCUCUUCUAGUGGCAAGCGUACGAGCUUCGAUGAGGGAGCCCGGUCUCAGAAUGGCCGCCCUAAGAGCGGAACUGUAAAAGUGAAGAGCCAGAGAGUAUUGUCGAAUGACUGA